UCUCUAAGUCAUUUACCAUUGUUAUAUCCCUUACGUUGAGCGAAAACCAUGAAGCUCUCUUCUACUAUCCUCCAAGGCAUCACUAUCUUCGCCGCUUUCGCAUCGGCGAUCCCUCUGUCUGUCCGCUCACCAGACGACGGCUCGAUCCGAAUCCCCGUGAAGGGCGUUCCGGAGCCUGAGAAACGCGAUGACGGCGCCAUCCGCAUUCCCGUAAAGGGUGUCCCUGAGCCGGAGAAGCGGGAUGAUGGCGCUAUCAGGAUCCCCGUGAAGGGUGUUCCCGCGCCACCCGCGGAGGAAUAGGAAGUUCUGGUGAGUGCAAUACCCGCUUUCGGGGGUCAGUGUCUUGGAGGGUCAUUGUUACACUUGGGGCUGUUCGUGCUAAGGUUGUGUAGCUGUCGUUCUGGGUCGGAUUUGCUCAUCUGUGUGACUUGCAGACUACAUCCAUAACGGAGUCCGGGUUUGUUAGGGAUGAAGCUGGCUGUCUAGGUUCAAUUUUAAUUGAGAUACGGGGUCGGGGCAAAAUAUACUGUACUACGCUACCUUUGAAGGCAAAGCUGAUGUGUUAGCAAGGACAGAUAGAAACAGGCAGCUUAAUACUCGUGCUCAUUUUGACCUAGGAUUCCGACCAGUAGGAAAACAGAGCGAACCAUAGCUAUCAGUAGGAGGCAAAUGAUAUUAAAAAAACCAUCACCAGUAGCCUAGGUCUCGGAGUAAGAUAUUAUUUAC